AAGCAACGGCAUGAAGGAUUUAUUGUUGCAUUAAAGUUGCGUCUCCGUUGCUAUUAACUCUUAAUUUCUUAAUUAACUGGAAAUAGGCAGGCAGGAGGGCAGCGAUGGGGAAAAUAAAGGUGAUGAUAAUGGCGGCAGUGGCGGUGUUAUGGGUGGGGGUUUGCUGUGGAUGGGGAGAGGAAGCGAAGGAGAGAAAGAAUCUUAAAGCAAAAGGGGCCAACGCCAAAAACAGAGUCGAUCAUGGGCUGAUUGGGUUCACACCAAGUACUCAGGCUUCUGGAUCCAAUCCUAGUACUGUUAAUGCAAAAGAGAGAGCUCAAGAGAUGAUGCAUAAAGCAGGGGAUGUUGCCUCCAGGGCCAUAGAAAAUGAACUUUGGUGUAUCUGGUAAUAACACUUUAUGUUCUUACCAUUUAAUUUCCUGCUCCAUAUUAUCUAAUCAAUAACUUGGUGGUUG